CUGCAUAUAUGACCCUGGCGACCUUAUUGAUGAUUCGUCACGAAGCGAGGACAGAAUCUGGCUUGUACCACCCCAAAGUUGGUGCUGAGAGGGGUCGAUGAUCCGAUUCUAGUAGGAAUUUAGUCGCCAUAAUUUACCUUAUGAGCGAGAGCCUUGCCAAAAUCUAGCCCCUCUUGAUGAUUGACAAAGCUCGGACGACUAAGGCAGAUGGACUCCGUUGUGGACCUCUUAAGCCAGCGCUUCCUCCGCACCUGUUCAUAUCACCUGAGGUUUGGCUUACAAUCACUCUCUGAUAUCCACCGGUUGACAAAAAUUGUUGUGCAGGGGAACCUUUGUGCAUGACGCUUCGAGUUGGCUGGAGAGCAGCAGCCACCUCUGCCCCUCACUUCCUAAAGUUGCCCACCAUCACUCUUUGUCCAGCGUACGGGCGCCUUGGCCCCAGACACUUCUAGUGAUCCAGUCUUCAGAGUUCAAAGCCGUUUUCCGACACACAAUUCGACCGAAUUCAAACCCAUUCCAGGAUGCCGGUGUGUUCUGAUAUCCAAGAGCGGCUAGGGAGGCAUGAGCAGUGGCUCAUUGGCCUCCGUCGAGACCCUGACAUGACCCUUGCAAAGAUCAGGGGUAGAUUAGACACUGACAAGGGUCUCAAGGCUACUGCGAGCCAAUUGGAGACAUUCUUCCGAAUCUCAGGGCAGCGGAAGAACCUCUCACGGCAUGAGUGGAUAUCAGUGUUUCGAGCGCUGGAUUCCCAGAACGCGAUUGGAAAUCGCUUUGACGUGUACAUCAGCGGGAAGUUGCUCUCUGAGGAGGAAUUAAGGAAGAAGCGAAAGAAUGCCAAACCGCCUCUACCACUGGCCGAAGAUCCCGUUGUUGCCGACCGGUUGAUCAAACACCUUCCAAACGGCGUCACUGUUCAAAAGCUCGCACCACGAGGCUCACCAAUGAGAAGCCCUGAACGAAGCAUGACUCCGCGGCUAAUAGCGCAAGAACUGUUCGAUUUGAACCAAGAUCUGGGAGCUGCCAGUGGUAGCAUGCUUGGUAGCAUUGCAUCUCACAGCGGCUUGCUCCCGGUCCAGGAUGUUAUUUUGCACGAACGAGGCAUGGGUUCCCACUCGCUUGGGCCUGUGGUUGGGAGUCCAAGCGACCGAAAUCAGCCUCAACUUCUUAACUUUGCCUCUAACGUGGAGAAAUUCUCGAUCCUCCACACAAGCUACGGGUCUCUAGAUUUUGAAGUGGAUGGUUGGAAUUCAUUUCCCAACCCUAAUAGCCCGGGUGCGUGGGAAAGGCUUAUAGGACCACUUUCACCAGGGCCUUUCCCACCAGGUCUACUAUCUCCAGGUACAGCCAGCCAGAACGACUUUUGGGUCCCUGGAUUGAAUUACACCAGUCCGACCACUAUCACCCCGACCCAUCGCCCGGAUGACCUCAGCCCAAUCGAAUCCGCGCGCCUCCUCCUUGGAGGCCCAGGCUCAGGGAAUCCAAGACGUGCAUUGUAUGCAUCAGAUGCGCUUAAACCGACCGCCGAAGAGCUGGUUGACAAGCUCAAGUCACUCGUACUCGCCGACGCGGAUAGUGUCUUUUGCAGACAGUACGAUGUUGUUGAUGGAACCAGAGUAUUCACUGAUCAGUUCAUCGAACUGCUACUCUUCUCCGUGGCCAACAAUUUCGCGGGGAUUGAUCAGACGCCGGUAGACCUCAUCAUCAAGUUCAUCAACGACCACGAGCCUGCACGACGGAGUGUCUUACGACAUCUUAGAACCGGAGCCUCGACAGUCUAUGCGAGGGCCUUGGCAGAGACGCUGUUGAAAGCUGCGAUCACGGCGGGUGAUGCAAGAACCGUUCACGACCUCCUUGCAUUGAAAAUUGUCCGGCCAGAUGAUAUCAUAUUUGUCGACCAUGAUCGUGACGAGGAUGUGCGUCGAAUGGCAGCCACUGAACGGGCAGCAGUGCUGCGCCAACUCGAAAUCCUGGAACUGCUGCUACGCUUCGGUGCUGACGUAAACAAAACCUGCAAACCAGCUUGGUAUCAGCGGGAGAGAGGAGCUCUCGAAUGUGCAAUCGGAAUUUGGGAUGACUAUCGUCGACCUGAGAUUAGGCUUGUGGAUUUGCUUCUGGACAACGGUGCCACGGUAAGAGCCAGGCUCUUGGACGCCGCAGUUCGCUGGGGAGACACAACACUGGUGGACAAACUCGUGUCAAAGAUCUCUCCAGCAGACCAUGCAUAUUUCUUCCGUCAGUACACGAUCAUUGCUGCGGCCCAUUACCUGAAGAACGAUUCAGGCUACAGAUUUGUCCGACAAAUGAUGCAAACAUGUCAAGGUAUGCACGACAGUGCGUGUUUCAAUUCCGAGGGCGACAGGCUUGCGCAUGCGAUGGGCCAAGCAGCGAGGAGAAAUAAUCGUGAUCUCGUCGAUUUACUGCUCCCCCAUGUGGACCAAAAAGGACGCGACUGGGCGCUUACCGCAGCAGCGCGAUUCGGAAGCCGCAGCUUAGUGCAAUUCCUUCUUGAGCAUGGGGCAUGCGUAAACGGGCAACCGUACAGAUUAGACAGUGACACCUACCAGACCACUCCUUUGGCUGAAGCUAUCCGGAAGAGCGAUGAUGAGCUCAUUGAAAUAUUCGUGAGAGAAGGCGCUUGGAAAGAAAUUGACCAGCCUGAUCGCCUGCGGGCAAUACUAAGCGCCGUUGUCGACUCCGGCAGCUCGGCCUACCUCGACCAAGUUCUAGGGUUGGUCAGGGCUCCGGGAUCGGCGGCCCUAGAUCAAGCCCUCUUCUGCGCUAUAAAGGCAUGCCAUCAAGAAAUCGCGUUGAAGUUGCUGGAGGCUGGUGCUAAUCCAGUAGCAUCCGACAACGGUCGAGAAAAAUCGCUCCUGGAGGCCUUGCGAAUCAAAAGUCACUCUAUCACCUGGGCAAUGCUGGAAUCCGACAUGGCAGUUGAAGAUUUGAUGGACGAGGAAGUCUUGGAGGCAGCAAUAUCAUGGGGGGAUCUGAAGAUUAUCAGAGCACUAUUCUGCGCUGGCAACGGCGUCAACACAUACUGGGGUCGCCCUCCUCUUUCGUUCGCAAUCAAGGCUGGCAACAGGUCACUUAUUGAUUUCAUGAUCAGUCUCGGUGCUGAUUUGAACAUAAAUCCUGCGAAGAAACCAUCUCUCCGACCAUCCCCCGGGCGGCAGGGCUUUUACAAAGUUUCUGAUGGCCGGCCUGUCUUUGUCACCGAUGGCUCUGAGCGUUUCUCCUCACCACUGGCUGCUGCCGCUCUGGUUCGAGAUGAUGCAAUACUCAGCUAUCUACUUGAUCAUGGAGCAGAUCCGGCAGACGAGCAAGCCAUUCUGAACGCGGUGAUUCAUGAUCGAAGCCUGUUGAGUCUUAUACUUGAAAGCUUUCGACAGCGAUAUCCUCGGGGGCGUACUGGAUUUGGUGGCAAGGUUUUACUACACGCGCUCAAGACACGUGAUGAGGCAGCCUUGGACCUAUUACUCGGAGUAGGCUUUGACGUCAACCACGUUGUCGAUGACCAUGAGACGUAUAUUAUGGUGAGUGCACUCGGGUUUGCUGUCAAGCACUACCAGAAUCGUCUUGCGACAAUCUCAAAGUUGCUAGAUUCUGGAGGCGAUCCAAAUUCCACAACGAGCAUGACUGGGAUGGGAGAUGACCGAAUCGGACCAAUCCUACUGGCUGGUGAAUUUCAAAGUGUUAGUAUGAGGAUCACUACCAGGCAAACGGCAUUGCUGGAUGCUAUAGAGACAGAAAGCCUGCCGCUGGUAGAGCUGCUCGUUUCUAGAGGGGCGGACAUCCACAAAGAAGCUAAAUUGGGCCUGAGACGCACGCCCUUGCAAAAGGCCUGCGAGGUUGGAAGCCAUAGUAUUGUGGACUUCCUGCUUGGUCACAAGGUGGACGUGAACGCAGCUCCGGCGGCCCGUCACGGCGCCACUGCACUUCAAUUGGCAGCGAAAACUGGUUCUCUGAGGAUGGCAAAGAAAUUGCUCGACUUGGGCGCCAAAGUGGAUGCCCCAGGCGUACGGGCCGGGGGACGCUCUGCUAUCGAGUACGCGGCUGAGUACGGUCGACUCGAUAUGAUUCUGUUGCUGUUCAAUGCCGGGGGUGGGGAGUUUGUUCCCGACCAGUGUACGAGCGCGAUUGCGCUGGCAGAAGAGACUGGGCAUUGGGCUUGUGCUGGCUUGCUUGUGAACCUUUCGACCCGGAAUCAGGCGUUCUUGGAUGCCAACAGGCAUUAAUGUAGUUAGC